AUGACGGAUGAUGACGGAACGUCCGUACCCGAAAUCCGACUACAUAUCCAGAUUGAAGGCUGGGGGUUGCACGAACCAGGAAUCACGGCAACUUCAAUUAAUUUCAUAUACUUGUACUAUCAAUUUUUUCUAACACUGCAACUGCAACAGUUCAGCAUUGCAAUGUCAUCGAACGAGUUUGACAGCAUUUUUUUUGAAGGCGUACGUUGGACUCAGCAAGCAACGCAACGGACUUGA